AUGGAGCCUCGCUCGGGGUCUUUGCUCUUCUCCUGGGUGCCCACGUCCCGUGUGACGGUGAGCGGGGAGCUGCGCGAGAACGCGCGGCAUACCUCCUCCAAUGGCUUCACGGGUGUCCGCGGGGAUCGGCCCAUGAGGCACGGGUGCUUCUCCUGGACCAUUGACCUGGCAGAAACCCAAAGCUCCUGGAUCUUCGUGGGCGUGGUGCAGGCGGAGGACGCCAGCGACGUGGCCUGGCGCGGCAGCGGGCAUAUGCUCUACUGCUUGGACAGCCGCUUCUUCCAUCAAGGUUCAGGCCAAAACCACCCCUGCGGAGAUCGCAAAGUCGUCUCCGGGGAUUGCAUCAAGGUUGUCCUUGACUGCAACCAGCACACCCUGGCCUUCGGGAUCAACCAGGAGGAGCCCAUCGUCCUCUUCCGGGACAUGGAGCCCACCUGGUACGUGGCCGCCGUGGACCUCCGGGACUGCGGGGACAAGGCGACGCCAUCGGUCUAG